AUGCUAAGGUCAGCUUAUUUCCUGCUGCUGCUGCUGCUGCUUUUCCCAGAAGGUCCACGGACAGGCCUUUCCCAUAACCUCUACAAAGACAAGCCCACCUUCAGCUGCCUCAACACUGCCCUCUCUGCAGCCAAGAAGAGCCAGCUGGGAGACGUGCCCCCGCUGAGCAAGGCCAGCUUCUUCUACCUGUCCAACCAGGAUCCAUCCUCAGAAGAAGAGCAGGAGGGAAAAGAAAACCAAGACAAAGUGAAAAGGACUUCCCCUGGCUCUGGGGGUAACAGUGGAUCUGGAAAUAUCCGAUACAAAUACCUGUCCCAAGCACAGCUCAGGGGCAAAGUGUACCAAGACAAGGGCAAGAGCGACCGGCACAGCAAGCUCACUCUGUCCCUCGACGUUCCCACCAACAUUAUGAACAUCCUCUUCAACAUUGCCAAGGCCAAGAACCUGCAGGCCAAGGCCGCUGCCAAUGCCCACCUAAUGGCACAGAUUGGGCGGAAAAAGUAG